AUGACAAAAAAAACAAAUUUAAAAUUAAAAUCAAUUUCUCAAUAUGAAAAUAUUUAUAAAUUUAUAUCAAAUAAGAAGAAUGAGAUAGGUAUAAAUGAAUUAGAGGAAACUGAGUUACUUUUAAAAGAGAGGAAGUAUUAUCCAGUAAUAAAGAGUGGGUUUCAGUGUCUUAGAUCAAGACAAAAAAUAAAAAAUAGAUUAAAAACAGUAUUGACACCUAUUAGUAAUCAUAUUAAAAAUUCAAUAAUCGGAUAUUGCCAUGGAAGUAAUCACUAUAGUAUAACUAAAACAAUAAAAAUUCUUCGAUCACUUCGUUUUAUCUGGAAUGGUUACACAAUUGACUCAAUAAAUUUUGUUAAAAAUUGCACAAUAUGUUUGGCUAAAAAAUCAAUAAAAAACUCUCAACCUCCAAAAACUAAAGAACCAACAAAAAUCAUAAUAAAAUCAACCAUCCAAACAAGAUCAAGAUUAAAAAAUGCCUCUCCACCAAAACUCCAAGUUACUAAACCCCUAAAAGAUUAUUUUGAAAGGAAUAAAAAUAAAAUAACAACAACAAAAAGAAAUAAUAAUAUUGGAUUUCAAAUUAAUACUAAUCUCAUUAAUAAUAAUAUAAAAAUAACUAAUACAAAUAAUAUUAAUAAUAAUUAUAAUAAUUUAAAUAAUCAUAUAAAUAAUAAUUUAAAUAAUAUAAAUAAUAAAAAUAAUAAUAAUAAUAAUAAUAAUAAUAAUAAUAAUAAUAAUAAUAAUAAUAAUAAUAAUAAUAAUAAUAAUAAUAAUAAUAAUAAUAAUAAUUUAAAUUUGAACAUUAAUAAUUUAAUUAAUAAUUAUAAUUCUAAUAAUAAUGAAAAAUUAGAUAAAAGACAAAAACAAGAAAAAAAUAAUGAGAAUAAUAAUGGAGAUUUAAGAUUAAGGACACCGCCAGGGCCUCCUUCAACCUCAUCAAUUUCUGAAAACUUUUUAGUGAACUCUUCCAAUUUAAUACAUUCACUAGCAUUGAAUCCAAUCAAUAAUAAUAAUUUUAAAAAUAAUAAUAAAAAUAAUAAUAAUAUAAAUAAUAAUAAUAAUAAUAGUAAUCAUAAUAAUAAUAAUAAUAAAAAUAAUAAAAAUAAUGAUAAUAAUAACAAUAAUAGUAAUAAAGAUUUUGGCCAAAGUGAAAUAAAGAAAGCCAUUGCUAAUGAAAUUUAUAAAAGUCCUUCAGCCUUUAUAAAAAAACAAAAAAUUGAAGAUAUAAUUAUAAAUAAAAGAAAAACCAACAAUAAUGAUAAUAAUAUUAUUAAUAAUAAUAACAACAUUAAUAAUAAUUAUAAUAAAAAUGAUUAUAAAACUCAAACUACAACUACAAAUAUAACAAAUAAUAAUGUUGAGUCCAAACAACCACAAGAAAUUACUGCACCUCCAAACUCACAAAUUUGUUGUUCUCAAAUAGUUGAAGAAACUACUAUAUUAAAAAAAUUUGUUUAUCUUAUUAAAAAAUAUUGGUGA